AUGGGGUUCUGGGUUGGGAUUCGUGUAACCGAGGUAGGUGUGGUAAGAGUAUUCGGCACAACCCCAAACAAUAAUUUACUUCGAGGAAAACAAAUAUUAUUAUUUAAAGCACAUAUAUAUUUAACAACUACAAUUAAACAACAAUUAUGGAAGCUGAUUGAGAAAAUGCCAGAUGGAGAAGAAUUAAUUGUGUCGAAACAAGGAUUAAAAAAUAAUAAUAAAAAUUUAGUAAAUGUAGAUAAUCAUAUAUUAACAGAUAUUAAUCAAGAUGAUGAUAAAAAAUUGGUAGAUGGAAUUAACAGUAAUCUUAAUCAAGAUAUUAAAGCCAACACCAAUACAACGACACCAGAAAUAAUGGAUGAGGAUAAUCAAUUGCAGGAAAUGGAAAUGAAAUAUAAAGAACAAAUCAAACCUUUGAAGAUAUGUUUAACGAAUUGCUUAAUUAAUUGA